AGUUCCGCAGUCUGUUUGUGUGUUGACGUUAUUGCAAGGAGCUCUUCAGACCACAACACAAGUCCAUAAGCAAGGAUAAAGUCAACGUUCUACACCUCGGAUAAAAAAAAAAAAACCCGGAGACAAAAUGGCAUCGGACUCUCCACGCAGACCUAGUCGCUGUGCUGGUGGGGUUCUGGUGCGAGCACAAGCUGCUACGGAGCAGUCUUACAUGGAAAGUGUGGUGACGUUCCUGCAGGAUGUGGUCCCCCAGGCAUAUACUGGUGCUCCGCCCACUGAUGAAAAGGAGAAAAUCAUUUGGGUUCGAUUUGAGAAAGCUGACAUCAACGACACUGCCCGCAAUCCAGAGUUUAUGGAGAUGCACAGCGGUACCACUGACCCUCCUCUUUGCCUCAUGAUCGGCUACACUGACGGGAUGCAGAUCUGGAGCGUAUCUUUGGCAGGAGAAGCCCAAGAGCUGUUCUCAGUGCGCCAUGGUCCUGUGCGAGCUGCUCACAUUCUGCCAGCUCCUCAUAUCAGUCCUCUGAACACGGACAGCUUUGCCGACAAGAGGCCUCUGCUGGGGGUAUGCAAGAGCACAGGGUCUUCUGGGACAAGCCCUCCCUACUGUUGCGCUGACCUUUAUUCUCUACGGACAGGGGAAAUGGUCAAAUCAAUUCAGUUCAAGACGCCCAUCUAUGAUCUCCACUGCAACAAACAUAUUCUGGUUGUGAGCCUACAAGAGAAGAUUGCAGCAUUUGACAGCUGCACCUUCACGAAGAAGUUCUUUGUUACAAGCUGCUAUCCCUGUCCUGGCCCCAGCCUAAAUCCAAUAGCUCUGGGAAGCCGCUGGCUAGCCUAUGCUGAGAACAAGUUGAUCAGAUGUCACCAGUCUCGCGGAGGAGCUUGCGGUGACAAUGCACAGUCCUAUACAGCUACAGUGAUCAAUGCUGCCAAAACUUUAAAGACAGGCCUGACAAUGGUGGGUAAAGUUGUCACCCAGUUGGCCGGCACACUACCAGCAGGCACGCCGGACGAGGAAGGCACACCUCACAGUGCGAGCCGCCGCAGCCCCCACAACCCCGGUGUGGUCACCAUCAUUGACACACAUAGUGUUGGCGAAGGACAGGUCUUGGUGAGUGAGGACUCGGACGGAGAAGGAGUGGUGGCUCACUUCCCAGCCCAUGACAAACCCAUAUCCUGCAUGCAAUUCAACCCCAGUGGAAUGCUGCUGGUGACUGCCGACACUCUGGGCCACGAUUUUCAUGUCUUCCAGAUUCUCACCCACCCAUGGGCGUCCUCACAGAGCGCUGUUCACCAUCUCUACACCCUGCAUCGUGGGGAAACUGAGGCCAAGGUCCAGGACAUGUGUUUCAGCCAGGACAGUCGCUGGGUAGCCAUCAGCACCCUUCGCGGCACCACCCAUGUAUUUCCCGUCAACCCCUACGGCGGUGCGCCCUGCGCCCGCACGCACAUGUCCCCGCGGGUGGUCAACCGGAUGUCUCGCUUCCAAAAGAGCGCUGGCCUGGAGGAGAUCGAACAGGAGCUGAACAGGGUGGCCGCGUUAGGAGGAGGAGCAGGAGGAGGAGGUGGCUGCAUCCUGGGCGGAGGAGGCGGCAUCGGGGGCCGCUGUAGCCCCAUUCCUGGCCUGUCCAGCAGCCCCUCUGGGUCUCCACUGCACGCCAAGCUGAGCAGCCAGGAUUCAUACAACAACUUCACCAAUAACAACAUGGGGAACCCGCGACUGUCCCCGCUGCCCAGCCUCACUGUGGUGCUGCCUCUGGCUCAGAUCAAACAGCCCAUGACCCUGGGCACCAUCACCAAACGCACAGGCAAAGCUAAGCCGCCCCCUCAGAUCUCCCCAAGCAAGUCCAGUGGAGGAGAAUUCUGUGUGGCCGCCAUCUUUGCCUCGUCUCGCUCCUGGUUCAUCACCAACCCCAACAUGAAAAGAGAGAAAGAUCAGUCCAGGCAGUUGGUUGUCGACUCGCUGUACAUCAUCAGUUGCUAUGGUAACUUGGUGGAGCAUGUCCUGGAGCCUCGGCCAAUUAGCAUUACUCAAAAGAUUAGCGAUGACACACCUUUGGAGCUCAGCACCUGUCCAAGGGCCUGCUGGACUCUAGCCAGGACUCCACAAUGGAAUGAGCUGCAGCCGCCAUUCAACUCCAACCACCCCUUGGUAUUGGCCUCAGACCUGGUGCAGUACUAUCAGUAUCUUCUGGCUGCGAUGCCCCCAGGAAGCCCGGGCCCAAUCACCCGUCAUGAGUCGUCAGACAGCCUGGCGUCGGACAGCAGUGGUCACGAGGACGAGGAGUGGCUCUCUCAGGUGGAGAUUGUGACCCAUACAGGGCCCCACCGGCGCCUGUGGAUGGGCCCCCAGUUUCAGUUUAAGACCAUUCACCCCUCAGGCCAGACCACAGUCAUCUCCUCCUCGUCCUCAGUCCUUCAGUCCCAGUGCCCCACUGAUAUCCAACAGCCCCUGCUGGACUUCGACACAGACGACCUGGACCUACACAGCCUGAGGAUCCAGCCAGUACGUUCAGAGCCAGUAAGCAUGCCCGGCUCAUCGCGGUUAGUGGCUGAUCGUAGAGGACAGUCCAACAUCAUGGACGCAGGAUCAGGUCCGUUUGACGGGCGUGGUGUGACCCUGCUGGAAGUAUGUGGUAGCUGGCCGGAGAGUUUUGGCGUGCCACGGCACAACGUUGGCUCGGCAGACGCUAGCGACGAAGGCCUCCGGGAGAGACUGGCCGAUGCCAUGUCUGAGUCCCCCUCCAGGGAUAUAGUAGGAUCUGCUACAGAGCUGCAGAGGGAGGGCAGCAUCGAAACCCUCAGUAACAGCUCGGGCUCCACCAGCGGCAGCAUCCCACGCAACUUCGAGGGCUACCGCUCCCCGCUGCCCACCAACGAGAGCCAGCCGCUCAGCCUCUUCCCCACCAACUUCCCCUAGAGUCCCACCUCUCUUCCAGGAAGAGCCGCCACCGUCCAGCCCACCUGCCUGCCUCCCCCAUCAGCAUCACACUGGCACACUUGUGUGUUGAACUGAAACCCAACUGUGUCUAGGAUUUGUGUUUCUCUGUACACUGUGUUUUGGGUUUUUUUCUCCUCUCAUACAACUGAUCACAUAUCAGUGCAAUCCCAACUGCAUCCAGUUAUAGUAUUUUAUUUCUUGGUUUGGAUGUGAAGGCUGAUAUUUUUAUUAAUGAAGCUGCCGAUGCUUCUUUAGUUUGUACAGAUUUCCAAUCAUUUUACAUUUUGCUUAUCCUUAAAUUGCAUUCAUGUCUGGGUUUUCACCCAGACACACAUUUAUUAUAGACUCUUGAAAACUAAUUUAUUUUAAGCUUAACAGCUAUUUUAAGUGUCGCUGAGCAAUUAACCAAAUCUAAAGUGCAGAUAAAAUGAAGUUUCAUCACAUAGAGUAUUUUGAUACACCUGUGGCCAGGGAGGAACUUCUUUUAUUUUCAAUAUCAGAGUUUUUAUUAACUGACCAGUAUCUAUCUAACCCUGCUUUUAACCUUGUCGUUGUGUUAAAUCAGAAGCCAGUUGACACAGGCGCUGUUGGAGACCAGCCGUCCUCUCCUCUCUGCAGCUGAUGUCUGCUGUUUCCUCAGCCCACCAUCAUUCUUUGUGUGUGUUUGAAGUUUUACGGUGUGCCUAUUGUCUGAAUGAGCCAUGAGAAAACGGAGCGCCGACAAAGAGAAAAUGUUUAUUCCAGUCAGUGACGUGUAGCAGCUCCUUUUCCCUCAUUUCCCCGUGAGUGUGUUGCUGCUCUUAUGGCCUCUCAGUAAAUGUUUUUGAUUAAAUUUGGUCCUCUCAUGCCUUUGAUUAUCAUGUAAUUACAUUUGACAAAGGAUGCAGUAAUGAGAUGACACUAAUAAUAUGUUGCUGAAGUAAUUUAGAUGUUUACAGUGUAAUUGAAAUAUGUUUCUGACAUCAUUUAGACAUAUUCCCCACUCGGCCUUUCCAGAUAGUAAAUUUUAAUUGAGCGGAGGCUUGUGUAGCCGUCGUGUUUUUUGUACAUUAGCAACUUUUGACCAAAAUCUUUUUCUUGCCUCUAGUGAUAGAUCUCUGAAAAAUGUAUUUUCCUUAAAUGUACUAGCUCUGCCCGUAGCAAAGAGGAUUGAUAAUCAGAAAUUCUUUCAUUAAACCCACUUUGCCUGUUAGUUUGUUCUGAGCAGAAUGUUUGUCUUGGUUAAAACUGAAAAGCACUAUUUACAGAGUCACAUUAGAAAUAAUUUUAAAUGAUAGUAAUGUACAAUCCUUGGACUGGCUGCAUGUCGUGAUGGCCUGUUGUUGUUCUGUCACUGAACGAGGGCAUGCAUCUACUUGUUUUAAUUCAGAGAAUUAAAACAAGUAGAGAAUUCAGAGAAUUAAAACAAGACUUGAUCUGUAAAAUACUUACUUCUUUUCCCAGCAUUCAUGCAAGAAAAAACAUAGUAAAACUUAAGGA